CAAGAGAAGCAGAAGAUGGCAGGAGAGCCAGAGCUCCAUCAGCCAAAGAACCACGGUGAGGAGGAGGUCACAUCCAGAGACCAGGGAUUUUCUGAGAAUGACCCCGAGGGUCUCAUUUGCAGCCCCAAGAGUUUGCAAGGACAUCUGACCCGAGUCCCUUGGCUUCUGCUGCUUCUCAUCUCUUUGGGCCUCUUUUUGCUUAUGUUGGCCACCCUGAUUCAAGUUUCCAGGAUUCCUGCAUACUCAAGGGGACAGACUCAGGAUCAGCAGGGUAGCUCCAGCUUGGAUAAUGGUGCUGUUCCUCAGAAGCAGACAUACUCUGGCUUGGAGCAGAUCCAGCAGCAGCUGACUCAGUUCAAUGCCUCACUGGCUGGCCUGUGCCGGCCCUGUCCCUGGGACUGGGAGCUCUUCCAGGGAAGCUGCUACCUCUUCUCCAGAACCCUGGGCAGCUGGGAAACCUCUGCCUCCUCCUGCAAGGAUCUUGGGGCCCACCUGGUGAUUGUCAACAGUGUUGCAGAGCAGAGAUUCAUGAAAUAUUGGAAUGUGAGGAAAAACCAACGUUCCUGGAUUGGCCUCAGUGACCAUACACAUGAAGGUUCCUGGCAGUGGGUGGACAACAGCCCCCUCAAGUUCAGCUCUUGGAAAGAGGGGGAGCCUAACAAUGAUGGGGAUGAGGACUGCGUGGAGCUGUUCAUGGAUGAUUGGAAUGAUAAUAAGUGCAAUGAACAAAACUUCUGGGUCUGUGAGCAACCCUCGGCUCCCUGCCCUGGUCACUGAGGGUCUGUGCUCCCCUAGUCACACAGACAACUUGGGGACACUCUGCUCCAGUUCCAGCCACCUUGUUCAUCCCAGUGUCUCUGUUCUGAGACCUUUGAGAUCCUGAGAGAGUUCCUGAGGCACCCUCCCCUGCAGCUCUUCCCUCUUCCUCUGUGGGUGAUUUCAGUUACACAGAUCCUGAGCCCAUGAAUCCUCUCAGUUGAGUCACACACACUUGGGGCUGGAGUGUAGCUCAGUGAUACACACCAGUUGGUCUAGCAUGAGUGGCUCUCUGAGUCCCAUCCCGAGCUCCCAAAUAAAAGAAUAAACAAAUAAUUAAAUUCA